AUGCGUUUCCGCGCGAGUAUUCAAAAUAUCAACACUUUCACCAAAUUUACAGCAUCACUCGCCUCUCUGGGCAACAUCGCCUGGGUGCGAUUAGACGAGAAGGAUGUUCGAUUUACGGUCAUCCCCGAACAAGGUACGCAAGUAUGGUCCGUCCUUUCGAUCGAAACGAUCUUUGAAGAGUAUACGAUACAGUCCGCCGCGGCGAACAACACCAUAAAUCUCGAAGUACCUCUUGCGCCACUCCAACGAGCGUUGAAAAGUGCCCAGAAUGCUAUUGCCGCCAAUAUCAGACUCACGAAGAAGGACAACAUUCCGUUGCUGUCGCUUACGAUCACCACGCAAGCCAUGAACAGCAGCGCUCCCUUCGGAAACGGCCAAUCGGGUUCCACCCAGGAUGGCGUUAAUGACUUUGGCACAGCUGGUAACGGGACAGAGGAAAGCGUGGAGUUCUUCGGAGCGAGACAGGAGCGUGAAACGCUUGUCACGCAAGACGUGCCUGUUCGCGUACUUGCGCCGGCAUCGGUCGAAGGACUCCACGAACCACGAUGUCGCGAACCGGACGUGCACAUCGUGCUCCCAAAUUUGAUACAGCUGAAGGCAAUCAGCGACCGCUUCACAAAGCUGGCACUGUCCACGAAAAGCAGCACACGGGCUGUCUAUGGUGGUGCUGGUCCGAAACUCGAACUCAGCGGCAAUAUGCACGGUUGUCUUCGCUUAGCGCUCAAUACGGAUGCGAUGCGCAUCAACAGCCUAUGGACCGGCCUUGAGAACCCAGAACUCGAUCCAUCACAGGUUGCCGAUGGGGAAGCUGGGCUUGCCAACCACCCUAGUACCAGGAUGAAAGAACUCGGCGAUUCUUCUGGGCAGAGCGACGAAGGAUGGGCGACAGUGCGUGUCGACGGGAGAGAUUGGGGUCGAGUGCUGAGCGUUGGGCGGCUCGGUGGCAGAGUUAUCGCGUGCUUCUGCCACGACCACGCACUCAUUUUGUAUGUCUUUCUGAACAGCGAUGAACCUGGAGGGGGCGACCGUACUGAGAGCGAAGCCGUGUGGCAUUUGAUUGCAUGUGUACGAAAGAAAGGUCGAUGGGCGUGGUGCAAGGAGGAAGUUUAG